AAUCGGUCCUUGCUGCCCCACUCGAAAAGGCUAUUCUUCCACCGUCAACAGUGCUGAUGGCAGGAGUGAAAGCAGAGGCCAAGGGAAUGUUCACUUCUGAUCCGGUGCCCCUCUUUGUGUACGAGAAUGGGCGAGAGGAUCCGGGCUGUGGGUUUGAGCUGGCCUUCAGUGUCAACUUCACCUUCGCCCUCUCGCCCAAAGCCAAGGCCGCUUCAAACGGCUUUGCCUUUGUUGUGUCGGCAACCAAGACUGUGGGGAGCAGUGUUGGAGUGGGGUUCAGUGGGAUGGACAACCGCAGCAUGGCGAUUGAGUUUGACGUGUUUCAAAAUAAGCCACAUGGCGACAUGAAAAACCAGCACGUGGGGCUGAAUAUCAAUGGCCAGGAGAAAUCAAUCGCGGCUGUGAAGUCCCCAUUCCCACUGGCCAACAAGAAGCCGUACACGGCAUGGGUGGACUAUGUUCCUGGAGACCCUGGCACCAUCCGGGUGUUCCUUGCAACAACAGCAGUGAAGCCAGCAAAGCCGCUGCUAGACAGGCGGCUGUCACUGUGUGCGGUGCUGCAGCCGGGGCCACCGCAGGGGGAAGGAAUGGUGGAGCUGCCGCGGGCGUUCUACUUUGGCUUUGUGGCGUCCACCACAGUAAAGCCGUUCAUGAUUCAAACCAUCCUUACCUCUGCCCUGCGCACAGCCUACGGUUUAGAUGUAUCACUGAACACGUACGUACCUGCACGGGCGAGCCCCUUCCCGCGCUAUGUGAGUGCGGACUACCGAGUGUCGGCCGGGCAGAAGGACUCGUGGGUCUUCAGGGACCUCCACUCCUGGGACUCCGUGCCCUUCCUGGGCUGGCCCGUCAAGGACCAGAAAGAUUGCAAUGCAUGCUGGGCAUACGCAGUGGUGUCGAGCAUAGAAGCAGCAUACGGCAUUGCAAUGAAUCAAGAGGCCCCAGUGAUCUCAGUGGACUCGCUCUUCACAGCCAUGAAUCUCACCACCCAGGCAGCCAAGUGCACUGCUGGAGGCUCCCCAACUGAAGCCUUCGAGAAGCUGAUGGCGCUGCCUAAAGGGGCCAUCACCAUGGAAGGAAAUAAGGGCUUUGAGCGCACUUCCUUCAAGGGGUAUGUGGGGCUCAUGCUGGCAGUGCAGCGGCAGCCAGUGGUGGUUCACGUUGAAGCGCUGGCUGCUUCGUUCGCCAAAUACGAUGGAACAUUCAAGUACCAGGACCCUGGCUGCUAUACCGGCAACCUUAAUCACGUUGUACUCGUUAUUGGAUAUCUCGUGUUGAGGAAUGAUGGGAGCGAGAACCGCAUUGCACCGCCUUUUUGGAUCAUCCGCAACUCGUGGGGCGAGGCAUGGGGAGACAGGGGCCACAUGCGCAUGGACAUGCAGGGAGGGGAUGGCGUGUGUGGCAUAAAUGUGCUGCCUGGCAUCUACCCCAUUGUCAAGAUUCCAGGGGACCCGUGUGGCUUGAAGAGUUACAAGGGCGAUGGAGACCUGCAGCCCAGCAUGAACCCGUGCGGUCGCUUCACCUGCACGCCCUUACCCAAGACCAACAACAACACCUGCACCUGCACUCUUCCCACCCCCCAGACCAAGCAGCCCUUUAUUGAGGGUGCAAACGGCUAUGGAAACACAUGUGUCUACGUGGACGUGUGUGGGUCAUACUUCAAGAACCCUUGUGCCGUGGGCACAUGCAUCAACGAUGGCAAGGGCGCCUAUUCCUGCAUCUGCCCUCUCAACUACGUCCCCAGCACAACUAUUGACAACUUCCCCACCUGCGACCCAGCUAACACCACCGCGGUCAACAUGGUUGUGAAAGGUGACAACUGGUGGUGCUCUGACAUCUACCCUCUCGUGGGCCUCACGCUAUCGCAGUUCACAUCGCAAAACCCAUCUGUUUUGUGCACUAAGGCCUUGCCUAAAGGAAGAACGCUUCGGAUUGUCAAUACUCCUGCCGUCCCCUGCACUGCAUACUUCUACACUCUCAGCGGAGACACUUGUCUUUCCAUCGCCAAAUCUCUUCGCACCACCGUGAAUGAUCUCCUGAAUAUCAACCCCGGCCUUGAAUGCACGCAAACCAUCAAGGCUGGCUGUUCUAUCUGUGUGGAACGCAAUGAAACCUAUGCCUACAGCGUCCCUGAGUGUGUGAAAUACACCAUUCUCACAGCAGACGACACGUGCGAGAAAAUGCUGCAGGGGCAGGGAUUGCAGAACGAUCCGUCUGUCUGGGCUGAGCUCUACCGCAACAAUCCCGGCCUUCUCUGCUCCAACGUCGUCCCUUCCUCUGCCUCGGCCGUUGGCAGCAAUGCUGGCGUGCAGGUGUGCCUCAAAGCUGAGUAUUGGCCGUUUGAACUCGGUAAAUGCAAUAAGGGCCGGCCCAAGAAUGUGACCCCAUCGCUUUCCUGUUCUGCUGCCUACAGCUACUAUGGCGGCACUAAGGCCCAAGCAGCUGCGGAUUUCAAUACCUACAAUGGCAAUGCCUGUGCUAAGAAUGUUGGGGCAAAAUUCAUAUGCGUGCCACGCUAG